AGUUAUUUUAAUCAAGCUCCUCUAAUCAUUGUUUCCGGAAGUCCAAAAAUAUGACGAAAAUGAAUACAGAAAAUGAAAUUUCGAGUUAUUCAGCGCAGCCAGUAAGUUCAGACUUCACAAAUGUUCCACUAGACCCUGAUCAGCCGAAGAGGAAAAAAGUUCCAAGAAGACUGAUUCAUUUUAGUGAUGGGGUAUUGGAGGAAUAUUCCACUGAUGAGGAAGAUGAAGCACCUCCCCCACCCCCACCUGUUGACCCUAAAACACUGACAUGGGGGCCAUGGUUCUGGUUUUACAUUUCCACAGCAGCAUUCAAAACACUUGGAGUGGCAGAUUCCUGUGGUGAAAAAUUAGCUUGGUUCUUUGGAAUUACAACUCCAAAAUACCAGUCUGCUAUAGAUGAGUUUUACAGAUUAAAAUCCGAGGAAGAAAAAGAGUUAGAAUAUGAACAACGAGCCCGGGAGAAGCUGCAAGACUUAUCAAGCAUUGAUGUGAAAGUAAUAGAUCAACAUAGAGAUAAAGGAUCAGGGGACAGUCCCACAGAGAAAUUCUAAUGCUUGUUGUAUUCAGUUAAUGGUUGCCUUAACAACAUUCUGAUCUGAUUAAGCUUUCCAAUGUGAUGGACAUAAACUACUUAAAGAAUGCUGACAAAUUUGGUGUUCUGUUUGAUGAGAUUUGGGGCAAAAUGCAUAAAAGUUGUAUCUCAACUGGAAAAUGUAUUGUAAAUUUUGUUGUUUCAUGAGAUACUGUAAGUAAGGUGACAUAGGGUCAUUUUUAGCUCGAUUUUAUGUAAAUAUACAUGUAUAUAUAUAGAGAGAGAGAGCUGUCUUGGGGGAUUAAGAGUUGAUGUCAGUGUCCAUGUCAGUAUCAAUCCAUGGUUUAGUGUUUGCUACACAUUUUCUCAGAAUCCAUUGAGACAUAACUAAAAAGCUUGUUAAUAAUCAUUUGCUCCUCUUGUUGGGAUGAGUACAUAACUCUUGUCAGGAGGGAUUAAAAACAAUGUUUUGCCGCUUUUGUUGACUUAAGUUAGGACGUUUGUUUUAUACCACAAAAUCUUUCCACUAAAUCCUUUGACAAAAUUAUAUAUGAACUUAAAACUCACUUCUAGGCAAAGUGAUACAGCUACAUGUUAUAAUCACAUGCUAAAAUGAGCAGCGUCACGACAAAACCAACACAA